AAUGCUUGUUACACAACAAUUACAAAUUGUUCAAACUCGAACUAAAUACUCUCAUUCAUUAUCAGAACAAUUAUAAAAUUUAAACAUAAAUAUUAAUUAGCGGCGAAUAUUUUCUAUAAAACUUUCCAAUCAUACUUCGAUCUACUACUCAAUCACCACUACCAGACUCUUUUGGCACAGCAGCAUAAAGUUAGUUGCUCAAAUAGUACUCAAUUGUUGAGACGUGUGCAGAGAAGAUAGUGUUCCAAUUCGAUCACAAAUACCAAUUACAAUAGGAGCGAGCGAGAGGAACGAGGCAAAACAACAAACACAACAACUCUACUAAACUUGGCGACAACAUUAACCCACGUCCAACAACCACUUCAAUCCGCGAGACAGACAGUCAAACGAACGCUAUGAAAUCGGCCAAUAUUGUGAUCAUCGGUGCCGGCGCAGCAGGCAUAGCUGCAGCGACACGUCUUUUGGAGUCUGGUUUUGAGAAUGUUUUGCUGCUGGAGGCAGAAAAUCGUUAUGGUGGACGCGUAAAUACUAUACCUUUUGCGGAUAACGUUGUUGAUUUGGGUGCGCAAUGGUGUCACGGAGAGAAGGGUAAUGCAAUCUAUGAGUUGGUGAAAGAUUUAGAUAUGUUACAGAGGCCUGUUAUCACCUUUAAUGACUACAAAAGCGUGCGUUCCAAUAAGGAAGUGCUCUCUGAAGCAACGACCAACGCGCUUAAAUCAGUUGUCUCUAAUUUGAUACCGUCACCUAAAAAAGACUUAAAAGAUUUCGAAGGCUCUUUGGGUACAUUUUACACUGAGGCAUUUUGGCGCGAUUUGCAGCACUCGGCGGGGAUCGAUAAGAACGUAGCACGUGAAUUUUUUGAGAAUUACAAGAAAAUGCAAAGUUCAGCAGACGGGGCAGAUAAUCUCUUCGAAGUUUCCGCAAAGGGUCAACUCGAAUAUCGAGAAUGUGAAGGCGAUCAGGAACUCAAUUGGAAAGAUAAAGGUUUUCGCAGUUUUCUGUGUCUCCUCAUGAAAGCAAAUAAGGACAAUGCGGAAGACUUGGGACUACUUAACAAACGUAUUCAGUAUAACUCACGCGUGCAAAAUAUCCAUUGGAAAAAUUCAAGUGGGGGUGCGCGUAUACGCCUUUGGAAUGGUGAACUGAUCGAAGCAGAUCAUAUUAUUUGCACUGUAUCGCUUGGCGUCCUUAAGGAAAUGCAUCAGCAAAUGUUCACACCUGCACUGCCAUCAGCCAAGUGCCGCGCUAUUGAUGGUCUGAAAUUGGGCACAGUGGAUAAGUUUUUGAUGGAAUUUAGUGAGCCUUUCAAGCCAACUGAUUGGCCGUGCUUUAAUCUGCUUUGGCGUGAAGAGGAUUUGGCGGAACUACGAAACUCUGACUACUUUUGGUUGGAGAGCGUUAUAGGUUUUCACCGUGUCGCUUGCCAACCAAAUUUACUGGAAGCCUGGAUAAUUGGCCCACAUGCACGCCACAUGGAAACAUUGCUAGAGUCAGAGGUACUCAAGGCUUUGCUUUGGCUUUUGAAUAAAUUUUUCACAUUUGAAGUGCCUGAGCCGGUGAACUUUCUGCGAACGCAUUGGUACACUAAUCCCAAUUUCCGCGGCAGUUACUCGUUCCGUUCGAUGUAUACAGAAGAGCUGCGCACAGGUAGCUGGGAUUUAGCUACACCACUCAUUGAUGAGAAAGGCGGAAAGCCACUGCUACAAUUUGCCGGUGAAGCAACGCAUCCACACUUAUAUUCGACGGUGCAUGGUGCGGUGGAGAGUGGGUGGCGUGAGGCGCAACGUUUGAUUGACUACUAUCAGGAUAAGACUUCUCAAACAUAAGCGAGUUAUUUUGAAGACAGCGCAGAGUGGAGAGGAGUGAAGGGAACGAAUAUGAUGUUAUUGACAACUAACGAAAUGGUCGAAUUUAAACUGUUCACAAAUUAAAAUUAUUUAAAAAUAAAGUGGAAGAAUCACAUACAUACAUACAUAGUAAGAAUUUUGGCAAUCAAGCACGAUAGAAAUUAAUAAAAUGUUA